AAAGCUGUGCUAGAACAAUGUUUCAUUGGAAUUUAUCUUGCACAGACACUUUGUUUCUGCGUUCUACCAAGAGAUGGGGCCAUUAUACCUUUGAGAGACAGGAAGGGAAAACUGAGCCUUGUUGAGUGGACUGAUUACAAUUAUCGAGAACCAGAAGGGUACGGUACUUAUGCUUUUGGUUACGAAAUCGAAGAUCCAGAGAACAAUAAUGUUCAGUUCAGAAAUGAGGAAAAACUAGCUAAUGGAAGCGUGGUAGGCAGUUAUGGUUAUUUGGAACCAAAUGGCGAUGUGUUCUUGGUCACUUACAUAGCUGAUGAGAGGGGAUACAGGGCAAGUUUCGAAAAUCCUUUGAAACUCAGUUUCUUGAGGCCCGAGACCUCUGAGACGUCUAAUCACGAAUCAAAGGAACCAAAAGAAGAGGCUGAAAAAGUAGAAGCAUUAUCAUCUCUUCGAAUAGUAACUCCGGACGAAGGAACGCCAACCCAACAACAGACAUCGAAUAACAAUCAUGCAAAUCAACCCUUGACUCAUGAAGAGUCCAAUGCAUUUUAUUAUCCGCAGAAUAUUUUGGGGAGUGCAGGAUUCAACCAAAAUCAAGCCGGAGGGACAAAUCAUCCUUCCUCCAAACCUCAAGAACCGUUCUCCAACUUCAAUUCGGAAAAAGAGAGCAAUGCGUUUUAUUAUCCACAAAAUAUUCUGGAUAGCCCAGAUUUCAACAAACCGGGAAAUUUGAGCAAUCAGUUGAUUUUCCAGAAAAAUCAUAACAAGACAGACGAUAUCCAAAAAAUCGAUUCUUCUGCUGAUAAUGGCAUUGUUAUUUCUAAUUUUCAACUUCCAUCCAAAAAUGAACCGAAGGAUGAUUCAGUGAGAGAUCACGCGAAUUAUGAAUCGACAGAAAAUUACAGAAUCUGGAGUUCAUUCAAUUUGAAAAUGCCAUCUAAAAGGUUUCCUAGUCCACCUUAUGUUCAAAGAAAUAAACUAUGAUCAUAUCAUAUUGAAGUGUGAUGAAAACAGUCUUAUACUGGGUCUAUGGAAACAUAGCAGUGGAAGUCAAUUUUGAAAUCAUUGAUAUCAUGGAGUUUUUAUAGGUUCAAUUUGCAGUACCUCUCAGGAGUUUAAUCCGUGGUUCAGAUAGAAAUUUCCAAUCUUCGAUUUUGUACUUCCAUUAUGGACUAUAACAAAUAUAAACUAUAUACCUAACGAGAUGAUUUCAAACUGUAUAUAUUGUUAAUGAAUAAUUUAUUAUUUUAUUUAUGUUUGUAUGGAAGAAUAAAUCUGAGGAAUCAUAUAGAUAGAUUUUUCAAUACCCUACCCUAAAUUUCGAUCUGAUUUUGAGGCGAGGGACGAUUUUGAAUAGUGA